UGAAAGAGCUCUUAACUAUCUUCCCCCACAACCUCUCAGCCUCUGACCUUCCUCUCACCACCACCACCACCACUUCCGUUCAUUGGCUUCCUUCUCUUCUUCCACAUCAACUUGAAGUACACUUGUUUCUUCCUGAGAGUUACGUUCCAACCAUGAUAACAGGGCAAAGCUUCGAGCAAGCAUGACAUCCUCCAUGGUGGCGAAGCACGCCAUAUUUGCAUUUCUUCUCCGACUGAUCGCCGCCGUAGUAGCGGCAGACCGCCCGCUCACUCCGCCACUACUCCUGGAAAGAGACGCGCUGUUGGCCUUCAAGAGCAGGCUAACUGAACAAGGGGCACUGACAAACUGGAAUCGCACCACUCAUGUUUGUGACUUUGUCCGUGUUCAAUGUGAUCGUUCACGUCGCCACGUGACGAGUCUGAUGCUCAACAGCUCACAGAUCGCCGGCCCUCUAUCGCCGGCGCUCACCAACCUCACUCAACUUAUCUAUCUAGACUUGUAUGAUAAUAACCUCACCGGGAGCAUACCGAAUGAAUUCUCCAGCUGGAGGCUUCUCCGUUACCUCGAUUUAUCAUUCAACCGCUUGGUCGGUACGAUUCCUCCUUCGCUCGGCUAUAUAUCUUCCCUUGUUUAUCUAGCUCUCCCACACAAUAACUUAAAAGAUGAGGUUCCGCGAUCUUUCUUCCGUAAUCUCAGUCUGGUAGAAUUCAUAGAUCUCUCUGACAAUGCUCUGUCUGGCCAAAUCCCGUCGGGCAGUGAAAAUGCUCUUCCGCAUUUGUCCUUCUUCAAUCUGUAUUUGAAUAGCUUGUCCGGAGCUUUGCCAAAAUGGCUAUCGAAUUCAACCGACUUGUUUUUGCUAGAUGUCGAAAACAACCAUCUUUCAGGUGAACUGCCCACCGAAAUGAUACCGCACUGGAGCCACCUUCAAAUCCUUCACCUGUCUGAUAACGAUCUAACAAGCCACGACAACAACACCAACCUCGAGCCCUUCUUCCUCGCUCUCUCCAACUGUUCGAGUCUACAACAGCUUGAAAUGGGAAGACUCGGUGUUGGUGGAUCGCUGCCAACUACCCUGUUGAAUUUGUCAGUUCUCAAUCUCGAAGGCAAUAGGAUCUCUGGAGGAAUCCCUUCCGGUAUCUCAAACCUCUCUAGCUUGACGCUGUUGAAUUUGUCUGGAAACCUUCUCAGGGGCCCGAUCCCGAAAGAAAUUUUUCGACUACACGAGUUGGAGAGGUUGUUCAUUUCUAGCAAUUCUUUGUCGAGUUCGAUCCCUGCGGAGAUCUCAAAUGCUACCUCACUCGGUUUGGUUGAUUUGUCAGGAAACUUCUUGUCUGGUGCAAUUCCAAUGAGCAUAGGCAACCUUUCACGACGACUGUCAUAUUUGUAUCUGCAUAACAACCGGCUUUCGGGAUCCAUCCCUUCGAGUCUUGGCAACUGCGUUAGUUUGAUGGAACUAGACUUGUCGCAUAACCGAUUGACAGGGACGAUCCCCCGGGAAAUUUCAGGCUUUCUGAAGAUAUUUUUGAAUCUCUCUAACAACUUUCUGCAUGGACAUCUUCCAUGGGAGCUCAGCAAGAUGGCGCAAGUCCAAGAGAUCGAUCUGUCCUUUAACAACCUCACUGGCAUCAUCAUCUCUCAACUCUCAGACUGCUAUGAGCUCAGGCUCCUCGAUCUAUCGAACAACGAUCUCACCGGGCAGCUCCCGCCAAAACUUGGUGAUCUUCGAAACCUCGAAACACUUGAUGUUUCUUUCAACAAAUUGGAUGGGGAGAUUCCCCUCACCCUCAACAACUGCAAAAACUUAACCUUGCUAGACCUUUCAAACAAUGAUUUCAAUGGCUCAGUACCGACCGGAGGGGUCUUCACCAACCUGUUCUACCAUGGGAACCCACACCUCUGUGGGCCACUUAAUCGAAGGGCCUGUCGUCGGAGGUCUCGCUCUCGUAAGCUCUUAGCCAUCGUUGCCGUCGGUGCUUCAGUGUUUGCAUUUGUAGUGACAAUAUGCUGUGUGAAGCUCAUCAGAAAGAUCUGGUAUUUGGGUAUCAGAGGUGCGGGGAAUGGCAGUUCAUCGCCGGUUGUCAGGUCUAACUACCCUCGAAUCAGCCACCGCGAACUAGUGGAGGCGACAGAAGAUUUCGAUCUCGGAAGGCUGAUUGGAUCCGGUAGCUACGGGAGGGUCUAUAGAGGUGUCCUGAGAGAUGGCACCAAUGUUGCAGUGAAAGUGUUGAACCUCCAAACCGGAAAUUCGACCAAGAGUUUCAACAGGGAAUGCCAAGUGCUGAAGAGAAUUAGGCACAGGAACUUGAUGAGGAUCAUAACAGCAUGCAGCCAUCCGGAUUUCAAGGCUCUAGUGCUGCCAUUCAUGGCAAAUGGCAGCCUUGAAAGCCACCUGCACAACGAUUCUUGCCGUCUGAGCUUGGCACAGAGGGUGAGCAUUUGUAGUGACAUUGCGGAAGGGAUGGCCUACUUGCACCACCACUCGCCGGUGAAGGUCAUCCACUGUGAUCUGAAGCCCAGCAAUGUGCUUCUCAACGAUGAGAUGACGGCUUUGGUCUCUGAUUUUGGUAUUUCAAGAUUGGUCACGACUGUUGGAGUAGGAAACACAGUCGAAAACAUGGGGAAUUCUACUGUUAACAUGCUUUAUGGAUCCAUUGGAUACAUAGCACCAGAGUAUGGCUAUGGAUCAAAUCCAUCGACAAAGGGUGAUGUCUAUAGCUUUGGUGUUCUAGUCCUGGAAGUGGUGACCCGAAAAAGGCCUACCGAUGAAAUGUUCGGAGAAGGAGUGAGCUUGCACAAGUGGGCGAAGAGUCAUUACCAUGGCCGAGAGGCAAUGACCAUAGAUUCCCAAUUAGCAAGUGAAGUGAGGCACCAAGCACCUGAAUUGAGGAAAAUUUGGGAUGUUGGAAUUUCUGAGAUGCUAGAGUUGGGUCUGCUCUGCACGCAGGAGAGUGCCUCGUCCAGACCAACAAUGAUGGAUGUUGCCGAUGACUUGGACCGGUUGAAGAGAUAUCUCGCAGGCGACAUGACUGCCACCUUUGCUUCCUCCCUCGGUAUGUCAUCCUCCACCUUCGGAGAGACGAGCCAAUCAAACUUCGGCGACUAGUUCAUGAAACUCUUUUAUCACUGAUUUUCCUAUAAGAGAACCAAUCUUUUGCAUCAGAUGGAUAAAUGAUCGAAACAUUAGUGAGAGCAAACUUUAUCAGUCACUGUUGCAUAAAAAAGAAGAAAGAGAUGGGCCACUAGUAGAAGUGCCCAAGCCAUUAAAACGAGUCUCUUUCUCAAGUGGAUGGAAACCAGAACUUUUUCUUUUCAUUUCUUUCCCUUUUGAUUUGAAUGAGUGGAAGGUGACAAUAUGAAGCUUGUUCUUCUGAGGCCAAGGAGCAUCCUGGAGCUGCACACUGAAGAAUGGUGGCCUGAUAUUGAGCUGAAAACUUGGUUCUAACCAAUGCCACUAGUUAGUGCUUGGCCUUGUGAUGAGCUAGCUUGUUUGUCAAUGCACCAAUUCAAAUGGUGGUGGUGUUUUUUUUUCCUUUUUCCUUUUGGUUGGUCAAAUGUUAUGGAAUGUCACAUUCUCUUGUCUGGUAUUGGUUUCAUUGCCUUUUUAAGUGCAAUUUCAAUAGGUUCAAUAAGUACCAUCUAUUUAUGUUUCCGGCGACACAAUGAUCUUUAUCUGGAAAUGAAUGAGGGAAGAUGACACCUUAUCAACAGCUUUUAAGGCCCUUACUAUUUGGGCUAGUUGACAUCUUCAAAACGAGCAACACGGAAAUGAAUAAGGAAAGAUGACAAUGCCGAAAAGUCAUUUCGAUUUGGCAAGGUGGUUCACUUGAACUUCAUGAAAACAAAAUUUAGAACUCCAGCUUUGCAAUCAUCUCAGGGCUGGAAGUUGACCCAAACAAACCACAGACACCAGAAACACCAAAAUGGUAGCCACUGUAUAUCAAUUGCAAUCCAUGGUGGUGAAAGUUUAAGUGCCAUGGUACCAAAUAGCUCAUGUCAGGUUAGAUUACAUGCCAAAGCUGUUCAAACAAAGCCAGGAGGGUUGAGUAAUUCAGCCGUAUACAACUCGCAACACUCGAACAGAAAUCCUACCAUGUCUGAGCUAACAAUCCGGCUUGAGUCUCCAAUCUGUUCUUGAGUCGC